AUGGAGUCUACAGGAAAUAAUCCCCCUGGGCAGAAUCAGACAUCCUUGGUGGAAUUCAUUUUACUUGGCUUUUCUGAUGUUCACGAUUUUCAAGGGUUUCUUUUUGGGGUCUUUUUGAUCAUCUACAUCAUUAUUCUGCUAGGAAAUAGCCUCAUCAUCAUAAUAACCAAGGCUGAUCCUUCCCUUCAGACACCCAUGUACUUUUUUCUUGGAAACUUUUCCUUCUCGGAGAUAUGUUACAUGUCAGUCGUCAUCCCCAGACUUUUACGAGAUCUCUGUAGACAAGAUAGAAGCAUUUCCUUAAUGGCCUGUGCUACACAAAUGUAUUUCUUUUUAAUUCUGGGAGUAACAGAAUGUUUCAUUCUAACUGCAAUGGCUUAUGACAGGUAUGUCGCCAUUUGCAACCCACUGCUCUACCCUCUCAUCAUGAACAGCAGACUGUGCCUCCAACUGGCUGUGGGCUGUUGGACCAGUGGAGUUCCAGUACAUAUCGGUUUCACUUACUGGAUAUUCUCUCUACCUUUCUGUGGACAUAAACAGUUGAAUCACUUUUUCUGUGACAUACCUCCAGUCUUGGCUCUAGUAUGUGGGAAUACAUUUAUGAUUGAGAUGGUGAUUUAUGUAAUUGCUCUCAUAGUUGUCACUAUUCCCUUUAUGUUGAUACUUGGCUCUUAUCUGAAAAUAAUCUUGACCAUUGUGAAGCUGCCUUCUGCCAGUGGGAGAGCCAAGGCCUUCUCUACCUGUUCUUCCCACCUCAUGGUUGUGGCUUUAUUCUUUGGCUCAGGCAUGGUAACUUAUUUGAGACCCAAGUCCAGUCAUUCUCCAAGAAUGGACAAAUUCCUUUCUCUCUUUUAUACCAUUGUGACUCCCAUGUUUAAUCCCAUGAUAUAUUGCUUGCGAAACAAAGAUGUGAUGGUGGCAUUGAAAAAAUUCCUCCUGAAAUGGAUUGUGUUAUGA